AUCCAAUUUGACAUUUUGUGCAUGUAAAUUUGCUUUGAUUGUUUAUUACCGCAUAUCUGUAAAUGUCCUUUCUUUAUUUGCUGUGUUAUUACUAUUCAUGGACGGCGUUUCAGAUUGAAUGAACUACUUAAUUUUGCUGUGCAAUCGUAAACCGACGAUGUUGUCGCGACGCAGCAAAGAAAAGGCGACCGCUCAUAAGGAAGGCGUGGUUGGUAAGUAUGUGAAAAAAGAAACGCCGCCCGAAAUACCGGUGAUAAAUGUGUGGACAUUUGAUGAGCAACGAGCCAAGCACAAUAAGAAAUCACUGCAGCGUUGUGCCAGCACUUCACCCAGUUGUGAGUUUACAGGCCGAAGUUCUGGAAAUUCUAGUCGGAAUACGUACUCAUGCGGCAAUGACUCACAAUUCAAUUCGCAACCGGAUUAUUACCACGCAAGGCGAGCCCAAUCUCAAUUACCCCCUACAACGACUAUGCGUUCGGUAUCGCAUGCCCAUCCACAACGUUACGCUGUAACCGGCUUUUACGCACCACCCACAGCCGCCGCAACACCACAACAUCCACAAUUUUAUUCCAGCAAUAAUUUGGAUGUCAGCAGCAAUGGGCAUGAACAUGCUGGGGCGAGCAACAUUAGCAAUAGCAGCAACAGCAACUAUGUUAAUAUUGAGCAAAUUGAUCGAAUGCGUCGCCAGCAAUCAUCACCUCUAUUGCCACCAAAUAAUGCAGCGUACGAGCACUUUCAUCGUAGGCACUCUGCCAACCAGAAACACAGCAAUUCCUAUGAUGGGCGCAUUCGUGGAUUUGCCAAUGUCGAAGCAAAUGCGUCAUCAAUGGCUGAUGGUAUGGAUUCCUAUGGCAAUAUGCUUCAGGUGCCACGCGGCACUACGCCAACACCACCACAACAUUAUCCGAAUAAUGGCAGCUAUGGGGCCGGCACAGAUUCCUACCCCAUUUACGAAAAUCCUUUUCGGGUAUCGUCUAAUGCCUCGGGGAGUGUAAUUAACAAUAAUCACACAACAAUAAAUAAUUUUGAUAGUCGCUCCACUCUAUCCAAUGCAGAAGUGCGCUCUGAGUCACCAAUUUAUAGUAAUACAACUUUGGCCGUCUCCAACAAUAACAUCCAUUCUUCUUACGAUCUGUCUGCGAGUACUGCAGGUGCCACUUCUGUUCAGUCCUUGUACCAUGCACCGUCAAGGCAGCUACACUCUCAGUCGGUCGGUAAUACGAAUAGUACACCGAAUGUUUUACAGAAAGUGCCAUCACAGCAGUCUUUGGAGGAAGAGCUACCACUGCCACCAGGCUGGGCGAUGCAAUACACACUUCAUGGGCGAAAGUAUUAUAUCGACCACCACACACAUACAACACAUUGGUCGCACCCUUUAGAGAGGGAGGGCCUACCGGUCGGUUGGCGUCGUGUUGUUUCAAAGGUUCACGGCACCUAUUAUGAGAAUCAAUAUACAGGGCAAUGCCAACGGCAACAUCCCUGUCUUACCUCAUACUAUGUAUAUACUACAUCUGCCGAGCCACCCAAGGCCAUAUGCCCUGAAAUGCCAGUUCCUUAUACACCGCCAGUGCAUACACACAACGCACUGGUGCCAGCUAAUCCAUAUUUGUUGGAGGAGAUACCCAAGUGGCUGGUUGUAUAUUCGAAUGCCGACUCCUCUAAGGACCAUAUGUUGCAAUUUAACAUGUUUAGUUUGCAAGAACUUGAAUGCUUCGAUGGUAUGUUGGUGCGUCUGUUUAAGCAAGAGCUUGGCACAAUUGUGGGCUUUUACGAACGUUACAGACGUGCUUUAAUUUUGGAAAAAAAUCGACGCGCCGAGCAGGAGCGCUAUUUGCAGGAGUUACACACACAAGCCACACACCAAUAACACUCGGCAUUAGCAGUUAAUAAAUUCUGUUGGAAAAAUGUGCUUGCUGUGUUAUUAUAUAUUUUUUCUCCCUACUCAAUACUUGAUGCAUACGAAUAUAAGAUAAUCUUAUAUUAUUUUGUAUGAUUAGACUGUCUUGUUCUGCAGAACUGUGUACUGUGAACUGUUUUCGUACUAUCAAAUAUUUGAUGACUAUGUAAAAGCUGUAUGUUAUUGAUUUCAACUGAUAUAUUAUUUAUAUUUAUCAUUAUUUAAGAUUUAUCCAACUAUUUUGUGAUUUGUUUUACGACUAUAAUUUUAUUUUAUUUUAAGUAUGUAUAUUUACAUUUUUUUCAUUUCAACUUGUAUAACUUU